ACAGAGGGAAAGAGUCCCUCUGCGCUUGGGUGGCACAACGCGCAGGCUUUCUGCCCUGCGUAUUUUAGUCAGCGCACACAUCACUCUGACGUUCACAGACGCUAGCCUGUUGCCUCUCCUGUACCCGUUCAAAAGCGAGAUCGGCAGUACUAGUACUACCCGGGGUGAUAGGACAGACCUGGUUCAAGUUUCUGUGUCUCGCUGGUGGCUGGCAGCGGAUCCGUGUGUGGAGCUCAAUCGUGGAUUGGACAUGGAGCUCAUGUGACUGAUACCGAACAGGCAACAUGUGCUUGUUGGCUCUGUAGACGCGAAGUUGUGAAACGGCGGCUUUUAGCUAAUUCUGUUUAGAUGCGCCGAGGACCGGAACAGCUUCCAGCGAAACUUGGAUUCGUCGGUUUUGUCCCAAAGUCAGCGGAUAGUACCUGAACAGUAUGAUGCGAAGAUGGUGCAUUUGACCGCUAUUUCCCCAUCUUGAUAUCAAGAGAGCCAUGACCACAGUGGGGGAGGAGCUGGACCAAAUGAUACCAUGAAGAGAAGCUUACAGGUCCUGCUCUACCGACUGCUGAGUGUUCUAGUGAUCCUGGCAGCGCCAGCAGGACUGCUGUCCUCUGCUCAGGAGCUGUACCCCAGCCGGGCACCUCAGGAACCCAUCUCCAUGGUCAAACAGAGCCCAUCUCCUCUCCAUGGUCAAGCAGAGGCCAUCUCAUUGGACCCUGUUUCUUGGGAGGAGGGGUCCAGCAGUGGGACCUGGGACACCAGGGGCAGCAUCCAGCCCACCUUGGCCUUCGCGGCAUCAAUCCUGCCACAUACCAGCACCGACGAGGUGACUCCAACCCACGCAAACCACUCCAUCAGCACCCCUGGUGACACAGCAACCCUGGUCCACGCUGCCAUACCUUCCAGUUCUGAUGGGCCAGGGAACAGACUCGCUUCGCCCUCUGGGAGGCCCGAGAGCACGGGGCCCUCUCUAUCUCCUCUGCCCACCCCCCCUGAAACGCCCCGGGACGCCCCGGAAACCGUGCAUACGGGUGUCCCGGACACCACGUGGAUGCCACCCGUGGAGGAGACGAACGCGGAGGAGACAAACGCGGAGGAGCCAACGGACUCUGACGGGCCUUACAUCAUCACUGAGCGCCAACCUUCCUCCUCCUUCCCCUCCAAGUUUUCCUCCUCUUCCUCAUCCACAUCUUUGGAUGAGAUGCUCAAAGAGAUAGCCAGGACCACACCCAAACUGGGCCAUCCCCACUCCAUCACCCUGAGGGAGUUGCACUCCUCCCCACCUGAGGACCCCACUAGCCCCCUGCAAGUGGACAAGGAAAGUCCCACUCCUCCUCUGGUGCCCCCUUCAGGCCCUGCAUCCAUCCCUCCAGUCUCCUCCCCUCCCUCUGCCUUCCCCAGCCUUGGGUCUACUGUUAUGGACCCCACUGCUGUGGCAAAGAGUGAGCCCACUGCACUCAGCACUACAGAGAGGGUAGAUGCCCUAACUAGUGCCACAGGCUCAGACUUACUCAAACUCACCACAGACUCGCUUCCCAAUGCCACAAACUUACUUAGGAACGUAACAGAUUUGCUUAGCGGCAACAACACAGACCCACUUAGCAAUGCCACAUACACUCUUCAGAGUUCAGAGGGCAAUGCUACAGAUAGAGGUCUAGGUUUGCCCUCCAGUCCUUUGGGGAAUGACUCCUCAACCACUGAGCCCGCCUCCACCGCCACCGGCAACUUCCUCAACCGGCAGGUUCACACGGCCACACCGGGCCCCCAUGGACCUGGCAACCACUCAGGCCCUGUCCAGGACCCCCAGCACACCCACGCCACCAUCUGCCUCGGCAAGAUGGACAUUGUAUGGAUUGUGCUGGCCAUCAGCAUACCUGUCUCCUCUUGCUCUGUGCUCCUGACCAUAUGCUGCAUGAAGAGGAAGAAGAAGGCCUCCGGCCAGGAGAACAACCUGAGCUACUGGAACAACACCAUCACAAUGGACUACUUUAACCGGCAUGCUGUGGAGCUGCCCCGCGAGAUCCAGUCCCUGGAGACAGCUGAGCGAUCUACUAACCCUGCCAAGUCCCUCCCUCUGGAGCAGCAAGCCAUGCGACAAAUGUCAUACGGUCGGAUUCGAACCGCCGACAUCGCGGCUCGCAAUGAACAUUUGGUCAGUGCUCUACAGGCUGCGCCACCGAGACACCCCAAACUUGGCUUUUGGCAAGACCGGGAAUCGAACCCCAGUCCCCAGUGUGCAACUGCAGUGAACUGCAACCGCAAGUCCGCUGUGUCUUAGCCUGUUGCGCCACCCUGGCCCUUUGAGGAACAGGAAACCAGCUUGCCCCCCAAUGGAGACUACAAUGACAGUGACAUGGUGCUGGUCAACCCCUUCUGCCAAGAGACGCUCUUCAUCAACCGAGACAAGCCCUCCAAUACCUAGAAAGACUCUGGUGGCCAUGUUUUCGUGGAAAUGAAUGAAGCUGACUCAGAAAGUGUGUCCACUGCUUUAUCCAUUUUUUGGCUAUGGUUGUUAAUCAUUUUUAUAUAUAUGGUAUACUUUCAGAGACUGUGCUUUAUAUACAAAACAUAUAAAUUAAUUAAAAAAGGAAUUAAUAAAACAGAUGGUAUUUACAAUGAGGCUGUGGCAGCAUAUUUUUCUGAUGUACAUUUUCUAUGAUUGCUUAAUUGUGAUAAAGGUUUUUAUGUCCUUUUUUAAAAAACAAAAACUGUGCUUGGUUUUUCGUUUUACUACAAUUGUUUGGUGGUGAAAGCAGUGGUAGCCACCUAAAUUGUGUUAGAAAGAAAUAUAAGAUGUAUAAUUUUCAAUGAUCUAACCCAAAACAUUUCUAAGAUUAAAAGCCUGUUGAACUUGAAACUUGUGUUUAAAUACUCGGCUGGAUGCUGAGGAUGGGUAGCUAGCUUUAAAAGUUUAGCUGCAGGUGGGCAGUUCCUAUAGACAGAGGGUCAAAGCUUUUGUAGAAGAUGACAGGAGUGUGAUGACCCAGUUCUGCCCAAGCCCAGUCCUACAGGGCCAUGGUCAGAAGAAUUAUGUUUCAGCUGGGCAUUUAUGCUUGAAUGAACAGCUUCAGUUCACCUCCCGUGUGCUGAGAAUUGGAUGAGAACUAGAAAAUCACCUCAGUCAUAGCCCUCAAGGUGAAAGUGUCGUAACUCUACAAUAGUGAGAGAAACGUAUUGUUUCAUAGGACAGUAGGUAGCUAGAGAAUCACUGAGAGACAUAAAACUGUGGGGAACUGUGAAGACAGUUUCAGCAUGGGAUCACGAGGAGUCCUGCCCUAUACAUUUCACAUUUCACCAGCCUGAAGAAUAUCAGAGGGACUUAGUCCCUCUGUCAAAAAGCCCUUAAAAUUGUUGUGGUUUGUUCUGUACCAUUGUAUGUUCUGUAGUGUGUCGCUUGUUGAUGUUCUGUGUGUGCUGAUGUGUGUGAGAGUGUGUGUGUGUGUGUGUGUGUGUGCGCAUGUGUGUGUUUGGUACCUGAGAGGAAGCAGUGUCAAGGGCUAAAUGCAGGUUCCCAGGGUUGGUAAAGAUGGUGGGAUCCUUGGAGAUUGGCCUGGGCCAGCCAUGGCUUGAUUUGUCUUAUAAUAAACCACCCUGACACUUUUUCCACUCGUAAAUCCAUACCAGAGAACAUUAUAAUUACUGUCCUGUGCGGUUUUUGAAUGUUGAUUGAUGGUUGUAAUACAGGUAAUAGAUAUUAAUGACCAAUAAAACUACUGAGAGAACAUUUUAUGUUUGACAAUUUCUAUGAGCACCUACAGUGGACCAAGAGACUUAGCAUUGAGGUCACCAGUACAAACCACAGUAUCUUUCACCUUUAAAUAAUGAGGACGUCCAGGCUCUGAACAAUUCAGUGUAGAGAACCUUAAUUCAGCUCAACUGUAAAGUAUGCGAAGCAAGACCAUAUUAUGAGUAAUAUAAACAAAAUGACCAUCUAAAAGAUGGAAAAUGAAGUUUCCAAACAUGAAUUAAACCUUUAAUUCCAUAAUCAAUUCAACAUUUCUUUCUUCUAUUGCACCAUUUUUUCUCAGUAAUAUGUAUUGGGUGGUAAAAGAUUGAUCGCUUUUCCCUCAUCUACUCACUCAUUGCUAAGGAUCAGGUCAACCGUGGGCCUCUGUGCUUGAGACAUAGUGCAUGUGUGUGAUUUGCUUCUGUGGGAAGUAAUGAGUUGCAAGAGAGUGCGUAGUGUCAUGUAAGAAAAUUGUGUUUGUUUUCAUGAAUAAAUGUUUUGCCAAGCUGAGUGUGGCAGGGGUAGAUGAACUUGUAUCCAACAGCAAGCCUUUUUUUGUAUUGUAGUAUAUACACUGUACUUUUUAAUGCUGAGCAAUAAAAAGAAAAAAGCUUUGAA